AGUCUACGUUGGAGUUCAGUGCCGUAAAAGCCCCCACAGGAGCCAGUAAAAAACCCGUAAAAGGCCAGCCAGAGAAGCGAGUCGCUUAAAUUUGAUUUCUAAUCACCCUUAAACAACAGACAAAAAACAAAGCAAAAUGUCUUCAGAUGCGAGCAGCGACAACCCAAUCUAUGGCCCCUUCUUCGGUGUUAUGGGCGCAGCAUCCGCCAUCAUCUUCUCAGCACUCGGCGCAGCUUAUGGCACCGCCAAGUCUGGUACCGGUAUUGCUGCCAUGUCAGUGAUGCGUCCUGAACUGAUCAUGAAGUCCAUCAUUCCUGUGGUCAUGGCGGGUAUCAUUGCCAUUUACGGUCUGGUCGUUGCUGUCCUGAUUGCUGGCGCUCUGGAACUGCCCACAACUUACACCCUGUUCAAGGGCUUCAUACACUUGGGAGCCGGUCUAUCCGUCGGCUUCUCGGGCCUGGCUGCCGGCUUUGCGAUCGGCAUUGUGGGCGAUGCUGGCGUGCGUGGAACAGCACAGCAGCCAAGACUGUUUGUCGGCAUGAUUCUGAUUCUCAUCUUCGCCGAAGUGUUGGGUCUCUACGGUCUUAUUGUGGCCAUCUACCUGUACACGAAAUAAAUCAAUCAAUCAAUCAAUCAACACACAUGCCGCAAAUAGACAAAACAGCCCAGCAAUCAACAUCCAACAACAACAAUAACAACAUCCAACAUCAAUAUCAACUUCAAGUAAAAAGUUUAUCAAAUAAACCAUCCAACAAUAACAA